AUGCAUGGUAUCGAAAUGUUCUGCACGGCCGCCUAUGUGGUAGCAGCAAUACUACCAGCACUUGUUCAUGGUGCUCCGGAAUGUGAUGGAGGUAGUAUGGAAAGUACGGACGUCAAUGACCAGAUUCUCAAGACUAUCAAUGAACGACGUUCAACUGUCAUCAAAGGAAAUCAGAAAAACGGAAUAGGAACAGAGACUUUGCCCGCUGGGAAAUACAUGAAUCAAAUCUACUGGAACUGUGAUCUGGAAAAAGAAGCCAUGGCCGGUUUGACCGCCGAUUGUGCCGACCCUGCAGCGGUGUCCGGCAAAAGUCAAAUAGUCACUUCAGACUACUAUGAUGAUGACGAGGACGUGCCUCCAUUAUCUGUGCCUGUGGGAACUUGGUUAGACCGUAUUAAUGACUAUGCUCUCAACGAAUAUAAAAAUGGUGCGGUGAAAUAUUCCGGAGAAAACGCUAUGACUGAUUUUUCAAAUAUGAUCAAUCCAAAAACUACUGACAUUGGAUGUGCUCUUGGAAAAUGUGCUAAUGAAGACAAAGAAACCAAGUACCAGUUCUACUGCCUAACAAAUCAGCCACCUGUAAGCGAUGGCGACACUAUCUACGAGGCGGGAAGCGGUGGUUGCGAGGGCUGUCCUGAGGGCACCAGUUGUGACGAGACCACUAAGCUGUGCGCCAGACCUGUAGCCGAGACGACAACUACAACGACGACAAGUACAACGACGACAACUAUGACGACGACAACAACUACAACGACGCCAUUGGCUAUUUUCCCAACAGGUGAAAAUACAAUGUGCCCAGAUCAUGAAGGAAUGAAUGAUACAUUAAGGAUGCACUAUCUGGACACGCACAAUUACCGCAGAAGUGAGCUAGCGAACGGCACAGUUGUAAAGAACAAUAACAAUACUCUUCCACAGGCUACAAAUAUGAUUAAAUUGGAACUGGAUUGCGAGCUGGAAGCCGGUGCAAUUGCGUAUGCUGGCACUUGCCCGUAUACUGUAUCGGAUCCAAGCACAAGGGAAGGGAUAGGGGAGCACUAUCAUCGUGUUGCCAUCAGCAGCACGGUCCCUACGUACAGAGAUGGAAUCAAAAAUGCUGUCACCAAUUGGUGGAAAGUUGUUCGUCUGUAUCCUGGCAUUGGGAUGCAAGCGAUGUUCAGAUCGAAUCAUGUUGGGACACCAAUCGAAACUUUCACGCAGAUGGGAUGGGCAAAGACAUCAAAGCUGGGUUGCUCCAUAGUAACCUGCAAGUCAGAUUAUGUGGUGAUCUGCCGCUACUAUCCUAAGGGAAAUAUUGUUGAGCAGAACGUUUAUAUCCCUGGAACACCCUGCUCACAAUGUAUGGGCACCUGUUACACCGAUUUGAAAUUGUGUUCCGCAUAAAUAUCACAUGAAACACUUUUCAUUUGAGUGUGGUGUUUUGAAUAGUAGCGCUGUGUAGCAUGCAACACUUUGCCAAUAGUCAAGUAUAAAUGCUUCUGAAUGCCUUGUCAUG